AUGGCCUGGUUUCUUGCUUCCAAGACGACAUUGUAUCUUGAUGACCUCAUGAUCAAGUUAUCAUGCGCAACCAUCGUCUACCUCGUUGCCAAAUAUACCUGGCGCGCCCUCUUCUGUCCUCUCGCGAGUUUCCCUGGGCCACGAAUUGCUGGCAUUACGAAGCUAUACGAGGCUUACCACGUCCUGGUCAAGAAUGAUUGGCUUGAUAAUCUUGUCUCACUCCAUGAGAAACACGGACCUGUCGUUAGAAUCGGACCCAACGAACUUCAUUUUGUCGACCACCAAUUUUGCCUAGAGCACCACAAACGUCCUGAUCUUUUUAAGUGCGACAACUACUACGGUCUUCUCGACAAACUCUUGGGCGGUCUGGCCAAUCCAAGCAAACACUCGAAGAGAGCGGCCGUCAUGCGCCCCAUUUUCUCCGGGCAAACCCUCGCCAGGUUUGCCCCAACACUUGACAAGCACCUCGAAUCGCUGCAUUCACGACUCACGGAUGCUGCAACUGACGUGGAAGUCGUCAAUAUAACACACUUUCUCUGGGCGUACACCAAUGAUGUCAUGAUCUCGUACCUUACUGAAGAGGACUACGGAUUUUUGAAGGCCCAUGAUCUAAGGGCUGUUCAUGACUCCACACGAGCUUUCAGCGCCAUUGAUCUUGCUACGGUUCUCAGGUGCAUGCCACCCAUCAAAAUCAUGUUUGACCUCUUUCCUUCUCUUAGGUCCUACUCGCCUCUUGGCUGGCUUGAUUCUAUCUUGGGAUGA